UUCCCUGCCCGCCAAUUAUCUUCCUCUCCCAUAGAAGCCAUGCCAAUCAAUCUUCUUUUUCUCUUUACUCUGGCCAUACUCGCCACCAUUAACGCCUCAAAAGCUCUUGAAUUCCCUCAAGAAUUUUUCAACUUUACGCCUAACAUUGUCAAUGUCUGCAGUACAACAAUAUCGAUAUCGCCAACUGGGUCACCGAUUUCUCCAACUCCUCCGGUCCCGGCUCUGUUCAUCAUUGGCGACUCCUCUGUCGACUGUGGCACCAACAAUUACCUCGGUACUUUUGCCCGAGCCGAUCGUCUUCCCUAUGGAAGAGACUUUGACACUCACCAACCUACUGGAAGAUUCUGCAAUGGAAGAAUCCCUGUCGACUAUCUUGCAUUGCGGCUGGGGCUCCCCUUCGUUCCAAGUUAUCUUGGGCAGAAUGGUAAUGUCAAAGAUAUGAUUCAAGGGGUGAAUUAUGCAUCUGCUGGUGCUGGAAUUAUAGUCUCAAGCGGGUCAGAGUUGGGUCAACACAUCUCCUUAACACAUCAAAUUCAGCAGUUCACAGAUACCUAUCAGCAGUUUAUUUUAAGCAUGGGAGAGAAUGUUACAGCUCACUUAAUCUCAAACUCAGUUUUCUACCUUUCAAUUGGGAUUAAUGACUAUAUACAUUACUACCUGCCUAACAUCUCCAAUGUGCAAAAUCUGUACCUGCCAUGGAGUUUCAACCAGUUCUUGGCAUCAAAUAUGAGGCGGGAAAUCAAGAAUCUGUACAGUAUAAAUGUGAGGAAAGUGGUGGUCAUGGGGCUGGCACCAAUAGGAUGUGCUCCUCACUACUUGUGGAAGUACAGCAGUGAAAAUGGAGAGUGCGUGGAGGAGAUAAAUGAUAUGAUCCUGGAGUUCAAUUUUGAGAUGAGAUACAUGGUUGAGAUGCUUCGGCAAGAGCUUCUGGAUUCCAAUAUCAUCUUUUGUGAUAUGUAUGAAGGUUCCAUGGAUAUAAUUCAGAAUUAUCAGCAUUAUGGUUUCAAUUUUACUAGUGAGGCUUGCUGCGGAUUAGGGAAGUAUAACGGGUGGAUAAUGUGCAUAUCGCCAGAAAUGGCUUGCAGCAAUGCUUCGAAUCAUAUCUGGUGGGAUCAGUUUCAUCCAACUGAUGCAGUGAAUGCCAUUUUAGCAGACAAUGUCUGGAAUGGUCUGCACUCAAAAAUGUGCUACCCCAUGAACUUGGAGGACAUGGUUCCUGCAAAGCAGUAAACAGUUUAAGAUAAAUUUACAUGAGCAAAACAUAAUUCAAUUUGAUUGGCAGGAUUUCCGUGCUCAAUAAAAUGCUAAAUCAAAUAUAAGAUUUGAAAGAAUACCUGAGCCAUAUCCUAGGUUAUAA